UGCACUGGUUUUAUGAUGACUACCAAAGGACUUCCUAGCUCUUUCAACAAAGAUCUCCAGGAAGAUAAGGAGGCAACAUUUGAUGUCUUUGAUACAAUGGAAGAUGUUAUUAGAGUGGCAACCGGUGUAAUAUCAACACUUUCAAUUGAUCGAGAGGCAGCUUAUAAUGCUUUGAGUCCAGAUAUGCUGGCCACCGACAUAGCCUACUAUCUUGUGAGGAAAGGGGUUCCUUUUCGAGAAGCUCAUGGUUUAUCAGGUUCAGUGGUGGCGCUGGCAGAGAAAAAGAACUGUGUGAUGUCGUCGCUAUCUCUUGAUGAUAUGAAGACUAUUAGUUCUUAUUUUGAAGAAGACGUGAAUAAGGUGUGGAAUUAUGAGAACAGCGUUGAGCAGUACACCUCCACAGGCGGUACAAGCAAAGCAAGCGUAUUAGCACAGGUGGAUCAACUAAGUACUUGGUUAGAGGAUAUGAAAGCCAAGUAAAAGGGAACAGCUCAGUGGUUGCAGGAAGGGCUUAAGGGCAUACCCCCGCCUGUCAAACAUCGCCCAGUUUUCCUAAGAGAAAGGGGUUUACACCAUUGAACUGCCCUCUGUCCUAUCAGAAGGUUCUUUCCCUCCAACUCCCCCACCAAUUGAUUUUAUAUAAAUUACUAUACUUUUAUUCAUUUUGAUAUCUGAAAACUACAGUGUAGUUAUUACCUCCAUCAAGAAGGUUAUGUAUUUAUCUGUGUGUUAUAUGUGUUUGUCUGUUUAGCAUAAAUAAACAAAAACUAGUUUAUUAAUUUGGUAGAUAAGGGUCUACUAAGGAAUCAUACUUUUGAAUUAGCAUGUCAUAUGUAUAGUUAAUAAACCAAGAAAGGUACCCAGAAAUUUCACUUCAACUUCGGAUGUCUGCUUCUGUUGCUUGGCUACUUGUGGUUUAUAAAAAUUAAAAAUAAAUGCUUUCUGAUCAUAAUGAAAUAGGGGUAUUAUACAAAAAUGUAUGUAUGUAUGUAUGAUGGGGCCGAUCCAGAGAAAAGUCUGGGUAAGGACGUGCGAAGUGCAGGGGAUUCGGAGUAGGCCUACAGUUCCACACUCCCCUCUUUAUUUCUCUCUUCUUUGGAGGGCUUAGCCCCUGUUGGCCCCUGAUUCUGCCCCUGGUAUGAUUAAAAGUAACAAGUAUUUUUGAAUGAUUAAAAGACACUCAAAAUAUAAGUAACAUUAACAAAUCUUUAUUAUGCUUAUAUACAAACUUUACAUCAAUUCUUGGUAAAAUUUUAAAAAUGUUCAGUAACAGACAUAAAAGAAAUUGGUUAAUUAUUGAAAUUAUGUUACAUUUUUACAUACCAGGUACAGUUUAAAGUUCUUGCCAAAUAUCUUCUUUUUAGAAGAAUGCACAAUUUCCUAGAGCAUUAGGUUACAAAUAUAUCAACAAUAAAAAAGUGUACAUUGUUAAAAUGUGUAAUAAAAACAGUUAUGUGUGAAAGUC